AAUCAUCAAAAGGCCUUAGUUAUAAUGAAUGAUUAAAAUUCUACAACCUUUCUUUCCUCGUAGCAAAUUACUACUACUCCACAAGUGGCACAAACUAACCUUCCAAAAUUUAAGUCUUUUAACACAAACUAAGCCCGCGAAAAUAUUGAAGCACCCUGCCAAUUUCUCGUUCUAGGGUUUAAUCGACAUCCAAAAAAAGGAGGCGUGUUAAUCGGCAUCCAAAAUCAAUUGUCUUCACCACAGAUACCAAAUCUCUUUGAGGUUAAUUGUGCGAAUGGACAAUAUUGUAGAUGCCCUAAAUAAUGCUUAUCAGGAUUUUAUGGCUGCUGCGGCUGGGGUCCUACUAGCAAGAGAAGCAGCAGGAAGUCAGAAAACAAAAGCUACAGAUGUUGCCCUUGAGAACUUGAAACAGCGUUGGGAACUUUUUAGGGUUGCUUGUGAUCAAGCGGAGGAGUUUGUGGAGUCGGUGAAGCAGAGAAUAGGGUCAGAGUGCUUGGUGGAUGAGGCAACUGGUUCAGUGGCUGGAAAGCCUGGUCAGCCUGUUGCUAGUCUUCCUCCCAUAAGUGCUGUUAGGCUAGAACAAAUGAGUAAAGCAGUGAGAUGGCUUGUGAUUGAAUUGCAGCAAGGUUCUGGAAAGAACGUUGGAUCUUCACACCCAAACCCUUCUACUCCUUUUGACGCUAGGUUCUCUGAGGAUACUACUCAAUAGGUUAAGUGUUUCCGACAAAUUUUUGUGCUAUCUUAAUUGAAUAAUGUGACCCAAUGAGUGCAUUUGUAUCGCAAAUAUAUGAGUUAAUUGUGCAUCGCCUAUACACUUUCAUCAAUAGAUACAUUCUGGAUGAGAAAUAUCUGAACUUUAGGUCAUUGAGUACUAUCAAUUUCUUAUUGAGAUUUAGUGGAUGAGCAAAAUCUGCAAGGGGAAAUUUUUCCACCUAUUUUUCCUUUUAUGUACUCCCGUCUCCCUCUUAUCCACUUCAUGUGUCCCAUUUGGAACUUUGCACUAUCACUCUUUCUAUUUUAUUUUUAAUUUAUAAGUUAAAGCAUUGUCAAGUCGGAUCUUGUUUGAUUCGUCUUAAUGUAAUUUUUAUUAAUAUUAACUUUUUAUAGUUUUUAUGAACAAUUAAAAAUAUUAAGCAUUAAAUUAGUGACAAGCGUGCAAAAGCAAAUGAGACACUUGAAGUGGAUAGGAGCGAGUAUUAUAUUUGGGCCUUAAGGCUAUGAUGAAUUGGUUUGCUAUUUGCUACUUGAAGACUACAUUUUGUACAAAGAAUUGAUUUUUGGUAUAUCAGUCGGACUUAGGGAUAUGUUGGGAUUUUUUUUGGGUGAAGGGGUGGGAGGAGGUUGAAAAUAUGCUUUGGAAAUUUAUUGUUUUAGCUGAAUUUUGUGGUAGAAGAUACCGUGUUUCAGAAUGUUGAAGCUAUCAGUUACUAUCUUCAAGGGGGUGAGGGUGAUGUGAAAUGGUCAAGUCCUGUAUUCUUGCCUGUGUUGUCCAAGUUUAUGAUAUCCUCACUCUCAAGGUAAGAAUUUUUUAUUUCUUCCAAGCUGUUUGCAUUAGUUAAUACUGUCAAGACAAACAGAUAAGCUCAAUAAUACUUGAAACUUUGGUAGGAGCAUUAUGAAAUUGUCCAGUCCAGCAUGCUUGCCUGUACUGCUCAAGUUUUUUAUAAUCUUAACUCUCAGGUUAAAGAUUUUUUUGUUUCAUUUUUUUUCCUCCGAAGCUGCUUGCUGUUCAGUUAGUACUCUUAAGACAAACAGAGAAGCUCAAUAGUACUUGAUUUUUGUUGAGGUUUUAUCUGAGACUUGAUGUCCAUUACAAGUCUUCUCUUUGAUUUCUGGACUUUUGAGUGUUUUGUGAUUUCUGAUGGAUUUAGUAAACAAUCAAUAAGAACUACCUUAGAAGUAGACACUUGUGUUUACUAUAACAAAUCACGAUUGUUUGUAUAAGUCCUAUCUUUAGACCUAUCAGAGUUGUUGUAUACAAGCCAUUCGCUAGAAGGGCUGAUUGGUUCAGGAAACAAAAAUGCAGCAAAAUGUUUAUUUAAUUUUUAUCAUAGGGUAGCCCGAGAGAUUUGGAGGAUUAGGUGAGAGUUAAACCCAUCAGCUUACUUGUGAAAAAUGGUACUUGUUCCAACUGACCUGUUCUCAAAAUGUGGUCAAAUAUUGGAGUUGGUUAAGUGUAGUGAUUUGGAGGAGGUAGUGGAGUCAUAUGUACCUCACACUAUAAAUAGAUCAUGGGUAGGGAUAGCUUAAACACAAAUGUGUUUAUUCACCUGUAAGAAGUGUAUAGACUGCUUGAACCAUCUAAAGCUUGAAUAUCAGCCAAUCCUGUGACACUGGAUGUAAUGAUGUAUCGAAAGCAUCUGUCAUGAAGGAGAGGUACCCAGCAUUAAGCACGUGUAUUCUAGAAGUUAAAGGAAAAAAAAUCUAAGCUGAAUUCUGCUUUUCUUUUCUAUAACUCUGCAUUUGUUCCUCUCUUCUAUCUGUUUCUUACCUCUUUUCUGUUGCUUCUGAACGGUAGUCAGAUCAUAACAACUUCAUAUCCUCAUGACUUAUUUGAAACAUGGUUAACUAGCUAACCCCUAGAAGGCAAAUCAGUUUAGGAAAUAAAGAUGCGGUUGAAUGUCAGAGUCAGUUAAUGACAUUUUAUUGUUGGAUGGAGAGAGAAAGGUAUGGUUGCUUGUAAGUUGUAAGUGUGAUAAUUCAUCUGAGGGCACGCCUGGAUUCCCAUUACUAGUUAUGGGGUAAAGAAUUUAUGGGUAAAAAAGUAUAGGUGAACAUUUAAGGAAGAAAACAAUUACAUGGAAGAAAUAUAAGAUGGUUUGGCAAAUUUUUCCACAAAAUAUUUUUAGACUUCACUAUCUCAUGAAACUUGCGAUUGUAAUCUGAUUUUCUUAUCAUCUCAUUAGAGAUAGCCGCCCAACCACCACUGUACAACUAUGGUGAACAAGACUGAUAAUCUAGAGUAAAACUGGCACCACACUAAAAUCUCAUUUGGAUCUAAUUGUUCCUUUGUUUAGAAAACGAAGAUAAACAACCUAGAACUAAAUCACAUAUGCACAAAUGCUCAGCACCAAAAAAAUCUAGCAAUCAAUGAUAAUUUUUACCAAAAGGUCACCACAAAUUACUAAUUUAACAAAGAAAAAAGAUGAUAGUAACCCUAAUCAAAGUAUAUAGGAAGAUUUUGAGCUUAGAAACAACAAAACUCCAAGCCCUAACAAUGGCGGCAAGAGUAGUAGUGUAAUAGAAGCUAAUUGAAGGGAAGCAGAGGAUGCAUGUAUAGAAAAUUUUCCUUUUUCUUCAGAUCACCACCAUAUUUUUGGUAAGGUUAGACAUGGAAGGAGUUCAGUCCAAAGAGGCUGAAAGGCAUGUAUGAAUAAUACUAGUCGUAUGAGUAAUACUAUUAAGAGAGAAGAGUGAAAGAAUACCCCGUACUUUUUUACUCUAGGUGGAGGUAGGGUAAAUAUUUAACCUCAACAAUUCAAUCAUUCGGUCUAGCCCAAAAAAUUUAAUAGGCUACUUUUUACCCCUUAAUUCACCAAAUCCAGACAGACCCUAAGGAGUGAAAAGAUCACUCUGAUUGUCUGAGCUAAUCUCAAUCAAUUCUCAACUUCAUAUUUCCAAAUUUUAGAUUUUCCAGAUUUAGUAUGGUAUUAGGUCGUCUAAGGCAUGUUUACUUUUCACAUAUAAUGGAAAGUGAUAUUUCUGAUUGCUUUUUUUGUGCUUGUCAUUGUUUCAAGUCAUUGAUUGCUUCUUUCUUGCAUAGUGCAGAUGGCAAGGUGAGCACACAUAGUUGAAGAAUUUGCUGUUUGUAGAUUUAUUCAGAUUACAGAUUGUGCAGCUAAAGUCGAGGAUAAUAGCAUUAGCAAGUGAAGAUUGCACAAGAUAUGGUGAACAGAAUCCACAUACUGAGAGGGGAUCUAAGAUUGCGCAAAAUAUGGUGAACAGAAUCAGCUUAUAUCGUCGAUGAAAUUGUCCCUCGUCUUUAUAUUGUGUUAUGUGUAUACUAAUUGAUUAGUUACUUGUUUCAUUUAACGUUUAUUAUAUAUUCACUAACUUUAAACCGUAGACGUGGUAGGAUGGCACGUGUAAUAGGAAUGAUCCUACACCCCAUAAUUGUUUAAGUUUUGACUUUGAAUCUAUGAAAUUUGUCUAAAUUUUCCUUUUA